GCGGCCGGGGGAGGCCUGAGCUGUGUGUCUGCGCGGGCGGCAGGCAACGGCCGGGGAGGGCGGCGGCGGCGGCGUGGGCUGGGCUCCGGCGGGCGGCCGCACCUCAAGACUCCCCGGAGCGGGAGCCCACGCGGGCGGGCUCCCGAAACAAAGAGAAGCGGGAGUCCGGACGCGGCGGGUGGGCGGUCGAGCCCGGUUCUGCCCCGGAGCCCGCCGGCGGGUGCCCGCGCCGAGCCCGGAGCGCGGCCGCUCGGCGCGGCCUGAAGGGCGGGAAGAUGCCGCGCGUCGUGCCCGACCAGAGGAGCAAGUUCGAGAACGAGGAGUUCUUCAGGAAGCUGAGCCGCGAGUGCGAGAUUAAGUACACGGGUUUCAGGGACCGGCCCCACGAGGAGCGCCAGACACGCUUCCAGAACGCCUGCCGCGACGGCCGCUCGGAGAUCGCUUUUGUGGCCACAGGAACCAAUCUGUCUCUCCAGUUUUUUCCGGCCAGCUGGCAGGGAGAACAGCGGCAAACACCUAGCCGGGAAUAUGUCGACUUAGAGAGAGAAGCAGGCAAGGUGUACUUGAAGGCUCCCAUGAUUCUGAAUGGAGUAUGUGUUAUUUGGAAGGGCUGGAUUGAUCUCCACAGAUUGGAUGGUAUGGGUUGCCUGGAGUUUGAUGAGGAGCGAGCCCAGCAGGAAGAUGCAUUAGCACAACAGGCCUUCGAAGAGGCUCGAAGAAGAACUCGAGAAUUUGAGGAUAGAGACAGGUCUCACCGGGAGGAAAUGGAGGUGAGAGUUUCACAGCUGCUGGCAGUAACUGGCAAGAAGACAGCAAGACCCUAGUCCUGGUUCCAAUUUAGGUGGUAGUGAUGAUCUCAAGCUUCGUUAACCUGAGCACAGCAUACGUGCUGCCAUCUCUACAUACACACUGCUUCUAGUUGGCACAAAUAACUCACUGUGCGACCAGAAACUGUGAUAACUAGAGGUACUACAGCAUCUAUCUUGACCUGAGACAGCGUGAGACAUCAUCAGCCGCCAUGGUUUGCACUAUAAUACCUGCAUUUCUGAUUUUUAAAACAUGUAGCCAGUAAUAAUCUGAAUUUUUUUUUUCUAUGCAAGCUUAUCUUGUUGGCAUUAUUUUAGUUAGGUUGAAAGUAUCUACUUUCUCCUACUUAAUUUAGAAGUUCAUGUCAUUUGAAAACAAGAUAAGAAAUUAAAAUUUGUAUCAGGGUUUUCUUCAGCCAGUUGCUUAAAUUCUUUUGUACUUUCAGACAAGUUGGCUAUACAGCUUUCCUUCUUAGAUGAGCAUUUUGGUUUUGUUUUCUCUAUGUCAUGUUGUUUUUGUAUUCUACACCAUUUUACAAAUGAAGGUGUGCUUAUGUUUUGUUUUGUUUUUUACAAGCUAAAAACCUAGCAUAGAGCUGUCUGCCAUAGCCUCCUAAAACAAAAGUUUACAGUUGUUAAAGCUACAGUAUCCUUUUAAAUGCUAAUAAUUAUCUUUUCUGUCCCUUUUAAACAUAAAAUUUUAAAUUAGUAUUAAUUUUUAUUUGUCUCAGAUCCGUUUCAAGUUGUAGUCUAUAAUCAUGAUUUGGGUAGAGAUAUCCUCCAUAGGUAAUAAUGUUCUACAGAUAUGCCCAAAGAAGUCACAUGCUGGCUUCUGUUUCAUUCAGGGAUUUUUUUUUUUUUUUUCUUUUUAAAUCAGUCAGAAAAGGGAUACUGGAACUUCUUGUAUGUAACAGCAUAUUAAACUGGAGGCAGUAAUGAAUCAGCUACAGAGGUAAAUGGUAUGAAAAUCAUGUUUAAGAUAGCUGCUUUCAUGUGUAUUUUGUAUUGCAUGCUUUUGUAGAAACAAAAUUAAUUGGGUGAUGAAGAUUAGUCUUAGAAAAUGGUCAUCUGUGCAGAAGAUACAUUUUCUUCCAUUAAUUCUGGGCAAAACAUUGACAGUUAUUUAUGAUGGUAUUUUGCAAAAGGACUAAAUAGCGCCUUUUGAGAUGAGUCAGUGUAACAAUAUUUUUUAAAUAGGCUUAGUGUCAAAUUGCAAUUUUUUUAAAUAUAAAACUGGAAAAAAGUGCUAAUUCAGUUGGCACAUGCUUACAGAUACUUUUCGUGGUCUUAUUCAUUAAAUGUUACUACAUUUCUGAAUUUUUGCAAAAAUGUAUUUUAUCAUAAAAUGGCAUUAUUUUAGAGAAUUUUAAAAACUGACGUGGUCAAUUCAGAAAAGUCUGAAUAAGGUCAUUGCAUUUAAAAAGCAUAUAAAGAUACUUGAUUGUGGAGAUGUGUCUUUCAUUGUAUAUAGGUCUUAAAAUUCAUAAACAAAUACCCUGUAUUUCAAAAUAAAAAAUAUUUGUUAUAUAUUUGA